UGGAAUACUGGGCAACAAACAGUGUUGCGAACAACGCCAGGCGUAAACAUCUUCGGGGAUGUGGGCAACAAGAGCCCGCUGAAAGGACACGAAAACAACGUAUCGACUGUCUCGUCACCGCUCUGUUGAUUGUGAUUAUUCGGGGCAAGCGAUGCUACACGUUGGGCUGGACGAACGGCAGGACACUGAACGGAGUGCUGCGGCGAUGUGUGGAGUCUGGAAAGUUCAGCGUGUGUGUGAUUUAUAAACCGGACGCAAUGCCAUGAGCGAUCUGGUCACGCCUGAUCAUUUAAAGUAGCUGUCUGGUCAUCUGAGGUGUCUGGGUGGGGGGUGUUACUCCUGUGAUAUUGACAGGGCUGUGAUGGGACACUGGGUGAGAAUGAUGUUAAUAAGUGCACAGCAGCAGCUCACACGUUUGGAUCUGAAGUCCUUGUGGUGGUACGACUCCACAUCAGUUUUUCCAAGAUAUACACGCAUUCUAAAUCCCUAGACUUUUGGGAGAAGUGCUGUCCCGUGCGUUUCCCCUGCUGACUCAUUUGCCAGAGGAGCUCAGCUCAGACUGUUAUCUAAAGCGUUCGCUUCUUUGCGACGUGGAGAAUCAAGGAUAAACAAAUCGUCCAAUCAUUCGGGUGAACUCGUAUGCAGGUCACAUGAAGGGCUGAAGAUGUGGAGCUCAUGGUCAGUGCAGGGUGUGCUGAAAGCCCUGAAGCACGCUGCUGGUAAAGGUCAGAUCCAGCUGACCCGCUGGCUGCAGCGGAGCCCGGACUCGCUGGAAUGCGACAAGACUGACAUAUUAAUCUGUAAUGUGUUUGACGAGAGAGGAAGUGGCGGCAGGUCUGAUGCAGACCCCGAGAACCUGACCGACACCGGCGUGUCGUUCACCCCUGAAUUCAGACACCCGUGCUGCAUUACCACCUGUUGCUUUAAAGGUGCCCUGCUGGCGUGCAUCCUGACAGCUGUGUGUUUCUCAUCCGUGGCACUCGUGCGCCAGUACCUGAAGGACAUGUUACUGUGGGUGGAGAGUUUGGACAGUUUUGUGGGAGCGAUGCUCUUCAUUGUGGGCUUGAUCACGGUGUCUUUCCCCUGCGGCUGGGGGUAUAUCGUGUUAAAUGUGGCCGCGGGGUAUCUCUAUGGGUUUGUGUUGGGUAUGGGGCUGGUGAUGGUGGGGGUUUUGAUCGGGACGUUCAUAGCUCAUGUGGUGUGCAAAAGAUUACUGACGAACUGGGUUUUGAGUAAGAUCGGGAGCAGUGAACAGCUGAGUGCUGUUAUCCGCGUGGUGGAGGGUGGAAGUGGACUCAAAGUUGUGGCCUUGGCGAGACUCACGCCGAUACCCUUCGGUCUCCAGAACGCAGUCUUCUCGAUCACAGAUGUGUCCUUGCCAAAUUAUUUAGUGGCUUCAUCAGUAGGACUUCUUCCAACACAACUCCUUAACUCAUAUCUGGGUACCACCCUGCGCACAAUGGAGGACGUGAUCGCAGAACAGAGCAUCAGUGGAUACUUUGUGUUCAGUCUACAGAUUUUCAUCAGCAUCGGCCUCAUGUUUUACGUUGUACAUCGAGCACAAGUAGAACUGAACGCUGCCAUCGCCGCCUGCCAGAUGGAGCUGAAGACAUCGUACAUGAACGGCAUCAUGGCGAACCACAGCAGCUCGACCUACUGCAACAAAAGGGCUGCUGUAGGAGGGGGCAUCAACGUAGUUUGAUUGCUAAAUCAACGUUUUUCCUGUUGAUGAACACAUUUCAACCCCCCUUAUGCUGUCCUGACUGGAGUGCAGAGGCUACUUCAGGGUAUUUGGGUCCUUGCGGGUAUCUAAAGCCGCUACAGCCCCAACCUGCUGUUCUAGAUAUAAUGGAGGUCUAGAUGGAGCAGCAAUGGACUUAGAAAGCCGAAGAACCACCCAUGAUGGACUAUCAGCCUGUGAUGGUAAAUUUGCCCAAAGAUUGGGACCCUGGGACAGUAUACAGUGGGAAAACUGAUGAGAUUGACUGGGAUGUUAGUUUUUGUGGUACGUUUUCUUUGUAAAAUGUUAUGAUACUAAUAUAAAUUAUAUAAAACUUUAUAGGAGGUCUAAAGCAUGAAUAGGUAAUGUCGUAGAAUUGUAAUUAGAUAUGGCAGAUGGCCCAGCAAAUAUAUCAGGUUAAUAUGCGUUUGUUGUUGUUGAGAUACAUAUAUAUAUAUAUAUAUAUAUAUAUUGUCAUUUGGUAUAUAAAUGUAGAAUUAUGUUUAAUUAUUUUGGUACUUCUCAGAAUUUAACUAAGGGUAUUGCUUGGUGGAUUUUUUUCUUUUCAUAUGUCAAGAGUGAGAAAACAUGUUUUAUCAGUUUGUACCACCUGGAUAGCAUUGUGGCUUUUGCCAAACUGGGAACACUUUUGGAACUCUGCUGUUUUGUAAGGAACAGAUGGAGGUAAGGAAAUUUUCUUAGCUGGAAAUGUUGGAAUGUCCUGCCAAGAACUUUUAGUGCAGCAUGCUUAGCUCAGUGGUAUGAUCGUAUGUAUUUAAUUUCACAUUCUGAUAUUGAGAGGACUGAGAUUCUUUGCCUUCGUUUUUGUAUGAUUUAACCAAAUGGUUUAUUAUAGGGCUGUUAGUAUUUUAUAUCACAUUUGUUUCUUUAAUGUAUUAAUUGUUAGAAUCAUAUCAUAUCCACCCAUGUGCUUUGUUAAAAAUGAAUAUUUAACAUAAAGGUUUAUGCUAAAACUGGAUGUGUAAAUAUUAAGUACAUUUUCCCCUCGAAUUCACUUUGCCGAAAUGCUUUAUUCUCAAUUAUGAUCCUCCUUGGAUUCCUAUUACUGUAAUACAGUAUUUUUUACUCUGGUACAGUAAAAAUAAAAUACUGUAAGACAAUUAUUUAAUUUACCAGAAAACUGUAUAACAAAUACUACAAUGUAUAAAUACUUUAGAUUUAAAAAAAAUGUUUUUAAUUUUUUUUACAGUAAGGUAAAUUUGCUUAAUUUUCAUGAAAGUGUAACAAUGCAAAAAUCUUGAUGGUUCUAAAAAGGCUUUAUUUUCUUUCUACAACAUAUAAUUAGAUAUAUAUUUUUAAUUAUUAUUAUUAAUAUAUUUGACUUUUUUCUUGAAGUAAAAUGUGACCUGGACAUGAUCUUGAAAAAUGAUAUUCACCCAUAUAUAAAGGGAAGGAAACUGGUUAAAUUUUCCAUAAGUUGGUGCAUUAUUAUUUUUAUAUUAUUAUGUAUCAGUGCAGACGUUCAACACAAGAGUUAUCAGUCUGAAUGGUUGCUGGUAUUGUGCUACUAAUGUUAAUAAUUGCAUGAAAUGAAUCCAUCUCGGGUUUUCUUUCUUUGAAAUAUGUGAAAAUUCAGCACAAACAUCAUUUGCACAGUUACCCACUGUUAGCUACAAAUUACAUGCAAAAGUGCAAAUGAAAACUUAAAUAUUAUUGCAAAAUAAUGUCAGGAUAAUGUCUGUCGAUCACUGUAGAAAUUCACCGAAUUAGAAACAGAAGACUCCAGAGCCUUGACUGACGUAUUUAUGUUCCGGCUAUAUAAUUUAGUACAGGCUUCUGUUAAUGAGCUCAGAGCGCGAACUCACAGCUUCAAUGCCAGGUAUCUCCUGUGUUGAUUGGCCUUUGGAACAUUAAUUCCCCCAAUGCAUGGAAUUACAUGAAUCCUGGUGCCUGGUUUGGUUUUGUCCGUUCAUAUGCCUCUCACUACAUUCGUCUAUGCUCAGUGGUCUACAAUAAUGUAGUACUGUUUAACAUUAUGCUGUAUUAUACUGUAAAUACAGCCAUUGAUACUGUAUUGUGGUAUUGAAAUGGUAAAGACCUUUUAUAAUGUAUUUUUUGUUUUGCUUUUUUGUAAUGGUUUUGAAUCUUAAUCUAUUGUUUCACAUAUUUAUGUUGAGUUCUUAGGAAUCAGAUGCUCUACCUAAUGGAUUUCUCAAUAACUGAAAUGUAUGCUUGGUGGUGACAAUUCACAGUGUCAUUUGAGAUUCAUUAUUUGGUUUACAGUAUCAACACUACCGCAUUUCCAUAAUCUGACAAUCAUGAUCACUGGCAUGUUGCUCAUUUUAAAGAACGAUGUCAUCUUGUUAGUUUUCAGUCAUAGUUUUGCUGCUUCUUAGACUGUUGGGUCUGAGUGAAAUGCUGACAAGGGCUCAAAUUAAUAUUGCAAUUUUAUUACAAUGUGACAUACCAUCUGUGUUUUUUCUUACAUAGCUAGUUUGUGCAAAUAAUUAGGAUAAGAUUUUCUAACAAGUUGUUACAUUUAUUUUAAAGAGUGCUGAUGCACAAAUGGACACAUUCCUUAAAAUAGUUUAUUAGUUUUGAAGUGUAUCAGGAAUUUAUUUUUUCCAAGGAAAUGGAAUAGCCCCUCUGUUUUCUGAAAUUUAGCAAUAACUAAGCUGAACAUGCUGACUCGCCACUCUGACUCUUGAGUUACAUUGGAGAGCUCCAACAAUCCUGGUCUUGUGUUACGAUGUCAACCUGCCUUUUACCUCUUUCUGCCUAAGACAUUGAAACGGGACAUUUGCCUGCAGUAUCUAAUUUGAAGAGGCAUGAAAUUCUGUUAUCUAAACAUCUAGAGACCCUUGGGAUGUCAAAUGCCAAAAAAUGUAGGAGUCCUAAAAUUUUAAACUGUUGCAUACAAAUUCAUCAAACAAAUAAAUGACAGUUUGAGGAUAAGUAUCAGUAUGAUGUCUUUUGUUUUCCUGUUUUUCAAAUGAAUGAAUGGAAUAUGCCACGAUGCAACUGUUAAAUAUGUCCCUUCGUGGUUCUUGGCAAACCAAAAUUUUAGAUUUCAAGCUAUAGCUAGCUAGCUUUUUUUUUUUUUUACAAAUGCAAUUUCAGAUUAAAGCAAAUCAGGUCCUUGAACUCUACUCAAGUGCAUUUUACAUAAAUUGG